UGGGCACGACGGAGCGGGCCGAGCUCGCGACGGAGGAGUUCAUCCCCUUCGCGCAUGUGCUGGAGGGCUUCGUCAUCCUGCAGAAAAACCCGGGGUACGAGAAGGAGGACCAGAUGGAGCUUCGCAUGGGCCCUCAGUAGUGUUCGGUCGUUCAGCAGCGUAAUAGGUCCACUCCCAAUACUGCUGCUGUUUUGAUACUCGAGGUUGGGAUUCGUGGAUGCUUGAAGCUUCGGCCUUUGCCGUGGUGCCAAAGUGGGCCGCUCAAGAUCCUCCCGUGGUGAAACUGCCCAUUGCACGAGCACAAUAUGGUGCCAUUCGACUUCGACUUGCACGACGCUGUUCUUGCUUCUACACUUCCACUUGGCUAGCUUGAGCCUGUAGUUACUGAUAACCUUCAGCAUCCACGAUGGCUACAGUCUCGACAGCAAGUGCGUCUCAACCUAACGGAGUUGUUCUGCCUCAGGGAGACAAAUAUCGGGGAGCGGUUGUGGAGGACCUCCAACUCCCGCCCGCCUUUGCGCUGCCGUCCGAUGAAGCCAUCUCACGAGCGAUCGAGUCGGCUUAUGAGCGAGACUUCUCGUACAUCCCGGUACUCGACCGACACCGCAAACCUCUUGGCUACCUCGACGUUGCCGCCUUGAAGGAGAAGUGGGAAGCCGGGCAGGCUGCCCCUGACGACAGGGUGAUCACACACUUGACCAAAUUCAAUCGGUCGUCGUCGCAUCCCUAUACAAUCAUUACGCCGUCAACGCCGCUGCCAGAAUUGGAGGAGUUCCUGCGGCACAAUGUCUUUGCGAUCGUGACAGACUACAGUCGCAAGUUCGUGCUUGGGGUCGCAACAAAACAGGAUCUCGACAACUUCGUGUCUCGUCGCGGUUGAUUGAGCCGUUCUUUCGGAUAGUGUGUUUCUUGUGCUCUACAGACUUCGCCACCUUUCUUGCGCUGUUCAACGAAUUCAACGAGUA